AUGGCAUCAAAGUUGCAAACAGAGGAAGCUCGCGCUGCACUUCUCACGCACACCACGCAACAAUCACCACUUCUCCGCCUCCCAGCCGAACUCCGCAACCAAAUCUUCACCCUCGUCCUCCACCACCCACAAAUCGACCUCUUCGUUUCGCCCACAACGGCAAAAGGAACAACAACAACAACCAUGCGAGCCAGCCACCCCACACGCACCAACUGCAUCGGCCUCCUACGCACAUGUCGCCAAACCCACGCCGAGUCCAGCUCGCUACUCUACGAACUAAACGUCUUUACCAUCCGAGCUACGCACGCCACGCACCUCGUUGCCUUCCUGGCGCGGCGAACAGCUGCGCAGAUCGACGUCAUGGCGGAAGUGCAAUGGAAGCCGGCUCUAGAUGUCACGGGGGUUCAUGCGUGCUCGGCGGUGGAAUGGUUGGAUAUGACUGCGAGGGAAAUUGACCAGCUGGAACGGAAUCGGCGCCAGCGAGAGAUUGAGGAGAGGAGAUUGAGCGCAAGGGCAAGAGGGAGGUUGUAUGGAUAUGAGGGAAGGUGA